GGCAGCAGUAGCCUGGGUCCUUGGAAACCCUGCCUCAUGGUGUCAUCACAGGAAGAUCUUUUCAUCUACUUGGUAGAUAUUGUCUGACCCAGAUGCAUGAUGGGAAGGUAUAACCCGGCACUGCUCACCAUUUUUCCUUCUUCCUCUUUAUGUUCUUCCAAAUGCCUACUUUUCCCUGAAUUCAACACCAGUCUGCUCAGGAUCCAGCCUCUGUCUCCCUCAUACUCAGUGUCUGGAAGCUCAUAUCAGAUUGUUCACAAACAGUGAAUUCCUUAUUGGCUACAUUUCCAUGGAAGACAACGCUCUUUACUCCAAAUCAUUGGUCCUGCCGGUGACUGGGUUUGCCCCUGCAAUGCCCCUUGGGCUGCAUUCCACUUCCUAGAUGAUUCCUUCUUGGAAGUUCAGGCUUGAAUGUGUCAUGCAGCUGUGCUUCCGAGAGAAAGAGGGGUUAAGUGGUGUCCAGAGCAGGGCGCCAUCUCCUGGCCUCUGCUGCUUGUCGUUACCUUGUUCCGCGUGCUCAGCGCUAAUCGCGCAGUCAACGCAAAUAUGCCUGGUGAGCUGAGCAGUGCAAAGCAAUAAACUGGACGGGAAGCUUAGAUCACAGCCACGUGAAGGGGGCGAGAGGCACAGGCGGGCUGGGUGGGGAAGAGCCCGGACGCGUGGAGCAGCCCUGAGUCGGCCUGCGGGGAAGCAAGCGGAGCUCUUCAAGGCAGGACCCCAGGGACCUCUCAGCUCUUGCUUCUCUCUCUCUUGACGUCACCGGCCUUUGAGACUUUCUAGCUUCUAACCCCAACUGUUAGAAUGAGAAUACCUAGCACCUAGUAAAUAAUCAGUAAACACAUGCUGAUUUAAACAGCGGGAAUGAUUUGAUGAAAUUAUUCAAACAUUUACUGAAUGUCUCUCUUCCAGAGAUGGGGCUAGCGCUCAAGAUACCAUUGUCUGCUCUAGUCCAGAAGAAGGGAAUUCACACAGAAUAAUAAUAAAUGUAUAAUAUGUCGAAAGAGCUGGAGUAGACUUAAGUGUUCGGCGAAAAGUCCAAAGAAAGAAGUGACUUUCUUAGCCUGCAACAUCAGGAGAACAUCUAAAAAGCGAUACGUAGGGAUGAAAGGCUUACUGGUGACCCGCUGUCUUCCUCGUCACUCUGGAGAGCAGUGAAGUGGCAGUAGAGGAAUCCACUGUGCCUUCUGUCUUCUGUGCUGGGCGGUUAUUACUGUGGCCAAAGCCACUCCGGAGCAUCCAACUGCACGUGUCACUCUGUGGAGCACUGCACAAGGAGACCAGUCUAGAGAUAAAAUGCUUGUCCCUUGGGAGAUCAGAACAUCAAGGGCAUUUUGGUGGAUGUGUGAAUUAGAACGCAGUGGCAGAAAAAAAGAAGUUAGCAUAGAAAGCCUUUAAAAUAAAAAGAGACUUGAGACACAGCCCUUUAACUGUACAGACGAAAGGCCACGGUUCACAGAAAUAAAACGACGUGCUCACGGUCCCUUGGUUUGUGUGGAGCUGCAACUGGGAUCCAGGUCCCCAGACCCCACUGCUCCUUCCACUUAAGUCACUGGGCUGCACACCUGCAGGGGGCGCCUCUCUCCUUCAUGCACAACACAAGCUCGAGAGCAACGCAAUCUGUCAGGAAAGAAAGAAAGAAAGAAAAACCCCGAACCUGACAAAAAAGAAGAAAAAGAAGAAAAAAAAAAAUCAUGAAAACCAUCCAGGCAAAAAUGCACAAUUCUAUCUCUUGGGCAAUCUUCACAGCGCUGGCUGCUCUGUUUCUCUUUCAAGCACUUCAACAUCAUGGACCUGGCUGCUGCAGUAACGUCAUCCGAGACUGGAGCCCCUCUGUUUGAACCAGAGCCCUUGUCUGGGAAGGGGCUUGAGGCUUCAUACGCCUCAGCUGUCCAUCAUUUUCGACCUGCGCAGACCUCCGUGGGCCACGGGGGAAGCCAGCCAGCCAGAGACAAAAAGAGAAGCAAAUGCAAUAAGGCGUCGUCGUCGAAAGGAUGAGCCUUUAUAAGCAUCGCCUCCUGGAGCAGGUAGAAGAGAGGACAGGAGUAGAGGGUGGGCAGGGGGGCAACUGUCCCUGGCUGGGAAGUGUGGCUCCCGCCCGGGGAGAGGAAAUCCGUUCUCUGUCCAUCUUCAGACUGGACUCCCUCCUUGUGGUUUAAUGCUGCAGCCCCACCAGUUCAGAACCUACGUACCUGUGUGUCCCUCUCCUCCCAGGCCCCAUUCUGCUCAGCACAGGCUGGAUUCUCUGGGCACAGGGUUUGAUUAAAAGGUUCGAGGUCUAAGAUUUUUGAGUGACUUUUCCCUGGGAUGUCUCAACCUCUCUCUGAUGUCCCAGGAAACUCCCUGCAGGAAGGAUGUUUUGGGGGUAAAUGUCUGCCCCUGCCUGGGUAAGAGUGUAAUCCCCACAUUCUCCAGAGAGUCUGACAGAGACGGAGGGUGGGGGACUGCAGCAUCCUAGCCUCCGUUGUCCCCAUCUCAGCACCACUCCCUUGCCAUCACGCUGGGCCCACUCAGAUGGCUGGCAUCUCUCUGGGACUCCUGGGCAGACUGCGGCUACAGAGACAGCGGCCUCUUACCUGGUCUCUCGGAAUCCAGUGAACUCAAGGACUCCGCUGUGAUGCUCUUUAACUCUCCUCCCCCAAGUUCUGAAGAGAAGCCCCCAGCUGUCAGUCCUAAGGCCUCUGCCUCCACAGCAACAGAAGAAAGCAAGCCCAGUGGACGUGUGUGCUCUCCUCCACCGGCUCCCACACUCCCCCUCGCGAGAAACUAUGCUUUGCUCGGCCCAGGAGUGGAGUGACUUGGGGCUGACGCACCUGAGCCGUGAAUGGGAGAUGGACGGAGGACUGUGUGCAUGGCAGGGACCCGACCAGGACAGCAGCUCCGCCUGGAUAAAGCACAGCUUGCUGGAGCCACUCAUGGUGAAGGAGUGCCCGUGCGCAGCGGAGAUGCCACCUUCCCCAAAGCGAUGGACAACGUGACGGUCCGGCAGGGGGAGAGCGCCACCCUCAGGUGCACGAUUGACAACCGGGUCACCCGGGUGGCCUGGCUGAACCGCAGCACCAUCCUCUACGCCGGGAAUGACAAGUGGUGUCUGGACCCCCGCGUGGUCCUCCUGAGCAACACCCAGACCCAGUACAGCAUUGAGAUCCAGAACGUGGACGUGUACGACGAGGGCCCGUACACCUGCUCCGUGCAGACGGACAACCACCCCAAGACCUCCCGGGUGCACCUCAUCGUGCAAGUAUCUCCCAAAAUUGUAGAGAUUUCUUCUGAUAUCUCCAUCAACGAAGGCAACAAUGUCAGCCUCACCUGCAUAGCAACGGGUCGACCAGAGCCGACGGUUACUUGGAGACACAUCUCCCCCAAAGGUGAGAGAAGCAGUUUGGUGUAUCGUGUCGUGAGAGGAAGUGGGAGAAUCGUUGGCCUUGGCAGGACGUUAUGACGCUGGUGACUUGGUGUCAAGUGUUCCCCAUUCUUGGUGGCCUGAUAACAAGUUGCUCAUGGCUCCGCAGAGAAUAUCGGUGUUCCCAGUGCAAGACAGGCACAUGCUCUGAGAUUUCAGAAAUCACACUGGAGGAUGUCUCCAGUCCCUGGGAAAUUAAUCCCAGUUGUUUCUGGGUGAAGUGGUGGUAAGCUGUUCUGGACGACUUUCCUGGUCACGUUUGGCGAUGGAGGAGUGUGCUCGGUGUUGGUGGCAUUGUUCAGCUGGCUGUUUUGUAAGAGAGAGAAGACACAAACACACAAUGAUGGAUGAGGGUUUGGGAUGGCCAUAUGCCUACAAGGAAGAGUUCCACGUCGGUGCUGCUUCAACAGUGCCAAAUAUCUGGUCGCUAGGCCAUUAGUCCUUCUGUGGUUUUCUUGUUGCUUUACUCUGAUUAAUCCUAGAUAACAAGGACAACUUAGUGUGUGACUGAAUUGCAAAAUUCACUUUGUCUAAACGUCUAGACGUUUUGCAGACCGGGCUAAGUGCUGUUUUGUGCUUUCACGGAUUGAACGUUAAACUUUUAGAAUUUAAGGCAACAUGCCAUUUAUUAUUAAGCUAGCUUUUAUGCGAGCUGCAUUACAUUAGUUCUAAAAUGUCUAUUGAGUGUUUAUAUAGCAAUAAACCACAACAGACAAGUCCCUGCUCUCAUGAGCUCACAUUGUCAUGAGAUGAGUAACCAAAAUAAUAAUGUUAAUAGUACGUGGUGAUAAGGAUGAGAAAAUAGAGCAGGAUACAUUGACAGAAGGACAAGAGGUUUGGUCAGGAAAGGCCUUCGACAAGGGGACAUUUGAGCAGAGACCUGAAAAAGAUCCUUAAUUUCACUGCUUAUAUCUGGCUAACAUAGAAUAUAUUUAUGUACGUAUGUAUAUAUAUGUGUGUGUGUGCGUGUGUGUGUGUAUGCUUGUAUGUAUGUAUGAAGGUAAGUGCAUUGCUGAGUCACGCAGGUUUAAGGAGGCUAAAGAAGAGAUACACACUGUUAUAAAAUAGAUAAAC